CUUUUGACAUCUUAUUUAGAAUUGUAGUUGAAACUUUUACAACCCUGUGUUGCGCUCAAGAUGGCGUAACCAAACUAGAUUUAAUUUAAUGAUGUUAUUUUGAAUAUUUAUUACCUUUUUUACAUUUAGUAUAUUUAAAUAUUCAUUUAUAAACAUUGAAUACAUUUCAAAUAUCAAUAAAAUGCAAUUGCCUUCAUCUUAUAGGGUAAUGUUUAGUUACACCAAGUCAUGAGCGUAACACAAAGCUUCAUCACUUUGACUUGUAAUAUCUAAUUCUGGUGGUGUUUUAUGCUUUUUUCUUUUUGGAACAUGUACUAUACAUGUAAUACAAUAAAGUCCCAUAUAAAAUUAUGUUUCUAGCAAUACUUUAAUUUUGCCUUUGAAAGUAACACUCCAAUGUCCAUUAGUGGAGCUGUACACCUUUGAAAGUAACACUCCAAUGUCCAUUAGUGGAGCUGUACACUGAGGGGAGAGGGGAGAAUAGUUUGUGUCCAGGGUGAGAAGAGUCAGCUGUGAUCCGACCCACACGCCUCCUGGUCCUGGAGGAGAACAGGUCCUGGAGGGAUGGGAGUUUGCAACCAAUAACCUUCUCAGCAGCACGUACCAUCCGCUACAGUCGAUGCUGUGUCGCCGGGGAACCACACGGUUAUGGAGGAGGGAGCUGAUGGUCGGCUCCCCCUUGAGUUCCUGGGUGAUGGUGGUGCCCAAGAAACGGAUGGAGUCCACAAUGGAGACGGGGGUGGAAGAGUCAAUCAGGAAGCAGCUUAAAGAUGCGGUGAAGGUCAUCGGCUCAGGCAGCCUCCUCUUUGCCUCGUACCUCACGGCGGUGGGAGAUGAAGGUUUCUAUGCCAACCAGCUGAUGCCGCUGCUACAGAGGGCUGUGGGGCCAGAGACCGCCCACGUCUUAGGGGUGAAAAUGAUCGGCCUGGGUCUGGUGCCUCUCAACCGCUACCAGGACCCAGAGUCACUCGAGGUAAACGUCCUGGGCCUGAAGUUCAAAAACCCCGUUGGGAUCGCGGCGGGCUUCGAUAAGCAUGGCGAGGCCGUGGAUGGAUUGUACAAGAUGGGCUUUGGCUUCGUCGAAGUCGGAACCAUCACGCCAAAACCACAAGAGGGGAAUCCCAAACCGCGCGUGUUUCGACUGGCAGAAGACCAAGCCAUCAUCAACAGAUAUGGCUUCAACAGCUGUGGUCUGCUCGAAGCACAGCAGAGGCUAAAAGUGCGUGAGGCCGCUCAACAGGAGCAAACAAAAGCUGGCCUUCCCCUGGGCAUCAACCUGGGAAAGAACAAGCUGUCCCAGGAUGCAAAGGCAGAUUAUUCGGAAGGGGUGAGAGUGCUGGGCCCGCUGGCUGACUACCUGGUGGUAAAUGUCAGCAGUCCCAAUACGCCAGGUCUUCGCAACUUACAAGGCAAAGCAGAGCUCAGCCAGCUCCUGCGUACGGUGUUGAAGGAGCGGGAUGGUCUGCAGGGAGAACACAAGCCUCCUGUCCUGGUCAAGAUUGCUCCUGACCUCACCACCCAGGACAAAAAGGACAUUGCUGAUGUUGUGACUAAGCUUGGAGUGGAUGGCUUAAUGGUGUCCAACACUACUGUGUCCCGGCCUGAGACGCUACACAAUGCUCAUAGGGGUGAGGCUGGUGGACUUAGUGGGCAGCCUCUGAAGGACAUCUCCACAAAUGCAGUCCGAGAAAUGUACAGCCUCACCAAAGGUAAAAUAGCAAUUAUUGGAAUUGGCGGCGUGGCCAGUGGACGGGACGCAAUGGAAAAAAUCCGUGCUGGCGCAUCACUGGUUCAGAUUUAUACGGCUUUAGCGUACCAAGGCCCACCUGUGGUCAUCAAGAUAAAGCGGGAAUUGGAACAGCUUCUGAAAGAACAAGGAUUUAGUAAUGUUUCUGAAGCCAUCGGAGCAGACCACAGAGGAGCACACUAGCGAAGCCUUCUGACAUGGAUUGUUAAAAAAAAAAAAAGUCCUACCUCUGUCCUCAACCUACCGUAAGUGCAAACAAUGCUAAAGGUGCUUAGGUCACUUUUGUUACAGUGUAACAGCAAUCAGCAGAGUGCUUUAACUCUACACACACUUACUAGUUGUUUUUACACAUUGGUAUGCAAUACUGUUGUAAGUAAAUAACAGGACAUUCUGCCUGAUAUCAUGUUCAUAUGAAAAUGAACCUUUAUAGGCACAGUAGGAACAUGCAAAUAGACACACUAAUACCACAGCGCCCAAUAACAUUUCUAUGCUGCUUGUGUUUAUGGUUAUGCUGUAUAAUUUAGAGUACAUUACAAGACUGCUGAUGUUUUCAUUUAGUCACACCAUUUGUACAUAUUCAAUAAUAAAGAUAGGACUAU